UUCUUAAAAACUAUUAGAUGUUGUUGCAACCAUGUUCUUAUAGCCUCUGUGCACUGUGUAGGUAGUUUGUUCUUAAACGCAACAUCAGGAACGCAUGUGUAUUUUGAUAAGGAGACGACUCCUGGGGAAGUUAAUUUCAACCAGUUGGUCGCAAGGGACACUGGUAUUCCAUCUGCUGCACCAUUGCUAAGAGGAUAUCCAAAGGCUGAGCCUCUGACCAUCUGUGAGCUCAAUAGUUUCACAAUCACUGCUCCAACACAGGAAUUGACUUCUUAUGCACUGGAGAGUUACUCGCCUAUUACUGACGAUACUGUUGAGGGAACAUUUGUUUGGUUUGAUGGUGUAAUGACUAAACUACAUGGCCUCCGAGCAAGUGCGGCUGGCCAGAUGCUGGCUGAACAAGGCGUGAACCCUGAGGAAUCUGGUUUGCCUCCAUUCAUUGCAGAAAUAGAAGGGGAGACCUACACUUUCCAAGUCAGGGUCACUGCAUACAAUUUCUCAGAAAACCAUAAGACAUUAACCAUAACACGCAUCGUUGAUGAUAUUGAUUUUGAGCCAUUGCCUGACGUGGACGAAGAUUUGUAA